AUGACCGUCUGCUUCCUAUACACACUGCACUUUAUAUUUCCAAUUCCAUGGCCCCAACAGAUUGACGCUACAGUAGUGUGUUGCAGCUCACAGGCUCCAGUGGAAAGAAGAUGGGUGAAGAAUCAGAAAAGACUGACAAAGAAGAACCAAAAGCGGCAGACGUGCCCAAAAAAUCAAUUUUUCUACAAUUUCUUCUUAAAAUAUGUUGAUUUAAAUGUGUUCCUCAACUUCAAUAAGAUAAAGAGUCUCACUGAUAAUAUUAAAGAUAUAGCCAAUUCUAUUCAAAGCUCUGAUCUGCUGCAGUUGACGGAAUGUGGCACAAAGGUUUGCCGGGUAAAACCGCUUGAACAGAAUCAAAACUAUGAUGAAUGCACCAUUUAUGUUGAAAAUAUACCAGCAAAAACGGAUCAUGACUUCCUGUCAGUCGUCUUCUCAGUCUAUGGAGAGAUUGAUUAUGUGUCCAUACCUCGCUUCAAAAUCAGUAAAAAGAAUAAAGGUUUCGCAUUUAUUGAGUUCAAGGAACCCGAGAGUGUUGAAAAAGCAAUAACAUCAGGCAAAGCAGAUAAGCAGUCAUCGUCAUCAUCGCAGUCGUCCUCAUCAGCUGUGAAAGAUAAGGUGCCACAGCAGACGACAUCUACUGCUUCGAAGCAAGGCUCUGCCUCUGAGCCGGCUCGCCCUUUAUCACCGGCUGUUAUUUCAGGUAUUGAGAACAAUUUCGUGCUUAAAAUUCUAAAUGACAGCAAUGUAUAUAACAAAUUAGUUAAAGACGUUGUGUCCGGCGUGUCUUCCCUAGUCAUUGAGGGGUUGACAGCAUCUCUGAACUCUGCUAUUCUUCAAAUAGUGGAUCUUCAAAAAGAAGUGUCAUCUUUGAAAGAGCAGCUUAAGCUCAGUGAUGAGAAAGUCAAGCAAUCAUUUGAUCGUGCCGAUAAUUUAGAGCAGUAUCAAAGAAGAAACUGUAUUCGCAUAUUUGGAGUGCCAGAAGCAAAUAAGGAAGAUACUGAUCAACUAGUGAUCGAUGUUUGUAAAGAUAAGCUGGGUGUUAACAUCGAGCUGCAAGACAUCGAUCGCUCGCAUCGCGUGGGGCGUCGGCUGGCCGUCGCGGCGUCCAACACCCCUCCACCCCGACCCCGCGCCAUCAUUGUCAAAUUCGUUAGCUAUCGUCAACGGUAUGCAGUUUUCUCUCAGAAGAAAAAGCUCAAGGGUACUGGCGUUGUUAUAAGGGAGGACUUAACACAACGAAGAAUACAAUUAUAUAAUUCAAUGGUCGAAAAAUUUGGAUAUAAAAACGUAUGGUCCUUUGAUGGAAUAAUUUAUUGGACUGACACUGAGGGUAAAAAGCAUAGUGCAGCCAACCAUGUCUGAGAAAUGUAUUUAUGCUUUGAGUUUUAAAUUUCCAUUAAUGAUAUGAUUUUAUUUAAUUUAUUUGUUCCAUUUAUUUAACACUAUAUACAGCAUAUUUAUUUGAUUUCAUAUUUCAUACUCUCUGUCCACUUAAUUUCAUUCAAUGAAUCAUUAAUUACUAUUAUUAAUAUUAUUAUUUGUUUUUCUCUUAGAAUUUUAUUACUUUAUUUCUCUUUAUUGUCGGUCGGCUAGAUAAAUGAAGUAUGAUUCAGUAUAACAUUUCUCUUCAACAGAACCUUUCCAUUCAGUCAAAUCCAUAUAUUAUCUUGAUGUUACUUUUGCAUUAUAUUUCUGUGUGUGAAUGAAGAGUAGAAUCUCACGUGAUUGUGAUCUAGUUGUCUUUCUUAUCCCGUUAUCAUGACUACGCCUAACUUAUCUGUUGCCUCCGUUCUCUGUCCUAAUUCUUCCUAAUCGGUAGGGUUUACCUCUUUGUCAGGAGUACAUGAUAACAUUAUUCACUUUUCUAUUAUUAUUAUUAUUAUUUUCGACUAUUUAUUCUUUUAUUAUUAUUAUCAUAUAUUAGUAUAUGUUUAUGUAUGUUUUUAUGGCGAUCUUCUCAUUUUUCUGUGUCACAAUGGAAAUAAGUUACCGCUCAUACACUAUCAGUAUGCAGUU